AUGGCUUUUAUGGAAAGAUGGAUGUCGAGCCACUGGGAUGAUGCAAGAGGAAUUUUGAAGAAGCCACUUGUCAUAGCCGAAUUCGGAAAAUCUAGCAGAGAUCCAGGAUACAAUUUGAAUGCUAGAGAUUUAUACAUGGGCGAUGUAUACAGAGAUAUAUACAGAUCUGCAAGAACAGGAGGAACAAUGAGUGGAAGUUUAGUUUGGCAACUUAUGGCAGAAGGCAUGGAUUCCUAUCAUGAUGGAUAUGAAAUUAUCUNNUAUCAUGAUGGAUAUGAAAUUAUCUUAUCACAAAAUCCCUCAACUGCUGGAAUUAUGUCAAGGCAAUCUCAUGCCAUGACAGAUUUAUCUCAUUUGUUCAUUGGACUUCAUCAUGCUCAGACUGCAAGACAGUCUGCUCCAUGA